UGGAGAGCUUUUUUUUUUUUUUUUUUCACAAGCACUCUUUUUUGGGUAUCUGUUUUUCUCAUGUCGAUCUGCACCAUAUGCGUGCUCAAGAAAGCUAUGGGCCAGACUACUGUUGCAAAACUACGAUUGGCAGCCAUUUGUGUUCGCUGGCACCAUUGCCAUCACACAAGAAAUCCCAGGUAUCCAGGACAUAGAUUUGGGGCCCAAGGAGCGUCGGAGGGGUUGGGUAGCAUGGCUCCUGCAAUGCAAGCAGGAGGGCCGGCAGUGCCUGGGGUUGGGGAUGGUGUGGGAACAGGUCGGAGGAGCCAGCGUCUCUAUGUUCGGGAGGGGGAUGUGCCAGGCAUGUCCGGUCUCAUGUGCCGUAGGAAUUCUUUUUCUGGCGGACACGGUGAACCCAGCGCAACCAAUGGCUCCUCUCGCAGCAGAUGCUUUCCUCAGCGGUGCAGCAUGAGCAGAGCCUGCAGGUCCCUCUUUUCGAAUUUUUCUCUAUUUCCCAGGAGCGGGAUGCUGGGAACGAAUGCCGUCUAUAUGCGGGCGGCUGUUUAAGCGAAUGGUGUGAUGCUAAGCAUGUUGUGCAUGCAGCAGCAGGCAUAUUGGCUGAUCCUCUGAGUUCCUCUCCUUCUCAUCCUCCUCCGCUGGCACCGCUGUCUCAUUGUCUCACUGCCUGCUGACGCGGAGCGCAUGGAAUAGUGUAAGCAACAAGGACAGCAAAAUCAGCGCCUUCCCUCCCAAGGAAGGGCCUCACGUGGCAGUGCUCGCUGUGUUGCAGACGAUCUUUGUCCUUCCAUAAACAGUGCACUGCUUGAUUCAGGGCGCUUUGGCACCAUCCUCCAUAUCUGCCUGGCAGUAGCAGCGGCAGCCAGGGGAGCUGGGGUUUCUACCACUCAUUUGGUGCCAUGAUGUGCAAUGUUUGGAAUCUAUGUUUGGGCGCGCAAACAAGCACACCUUAGA